CGGAAUAGAUGCAGCCGAGGCGACGCUAAUGUUUGUCGCUUUAUUUUUAUACGUAUAAUCUAGCAUCCAGCCGAACACGUUUCCGUGCAAACCCCAGUUAAAACCCUCAUCACGUAUGUGCAACAUCUCUUGGAGACGUGAGACUUCACCUUGGAACUGAUUUUAUAUUUUUGCUGAAGCGGAGCAUCGCUGUAUAAUGAAGCGGCAGGCCGAACGCGACGCGAGUCCGUCCAGAACGCUAGCCAAACGCGUCCGCGAGCGAGACCGAGAGCGCGAGCUAAACCCGCCGCUCGCUCUGCUGCUCGCCGAAAGCCGAAAUUAUCAUAAACGAAGCCGCAGCAGAGAGCGGGAUAAAGCUCGGGUUCGAGAGGAAAGAGAGAGUCUUCAUCCCCGCCCGCAUAAUGAACUGGGUUUGUUGGGUCGAGCCCCGCUCCGAACAACAACAGUCCUGCCUAAAGGUAAGACUUCAUCUGACGACAUGUUGGGUACUCGACUUGAAUACAAGACACUACUUAUAAGCAACCUUGGAUCAACACUUUCUGAUGAACAUAUAGAGGACGGACUGUUUCAUGAGUUCAAAAAAUUCGGGGAUGUGAGCGUCAAGCUGUCUCAUACACCCGAGCUUGGUCGUAUCGCUUAUGUCAACUUCCGACACACGGAAAUCGCGCGGGAAGCGCGCCACUCCAAAACCAGGUUGGUGCUCUAUGACCGUCCACUUAAAGUUGAACCAAUGUACAUGAGGCGUCGCAGUUGCACGCCUCCAGAUGUUAGUUAUGUGUCCAUGCAUGGUGCUGCCUACACAUACAGGCAGCGGUCCCUUUCACCUGGUGCUGGGGGAAGUGCCAUCAGAGAUGUAAGACCUAGACAUUACGUGGAUGGUGUGGGACUCAGCAGGGACCAUGUUUUGGACUAUUAUAGUGCUUUGGAGGAGAGUCGUCGUGCAUAUGCAUACCAGCUUCCCGAGGAUGACUUAAAACCAGAAGACGAUCUGAGAGCCACUCGGAAUUUAUUCAUUGGCAACUUGGAUCAUAAUAUUUUGGAGGUGGAACUACGAAAAGGCUUCGAAAAAUAUGGAAUUAUUGAGGAAGUUGUGAUCAAACGUCCUGCCCGUGGACAAGGGGGCGCUUAUGCUUUUCUUAAAUUUCAGAAUUUAGAUAUGGCACACCGGGCCAAAGUGGCAAUGCAGGGACGCAUGAUUAAUGGGAACCCGAUUAAGAUUGGUUACGGCAAGGCCAAUCCAACAACUCGACUAUGGGUUGGCGGACUUAGCCCGAAUACCUCACUGGCUGCUUUGGCCCGCGAGUUUGAUCGCUUUGGGAGUAUUCGGACCAUAGACUACGUGAAAGGAGAUCAUUUUGCGUACAUUCAUUAUGAAAGCUUAGACGCAGCUCAGGCCGCUUGUGCGCAAAUGCGUGGCUUCCCUCUGGGUGGUCCGAAUCGUAGAUUGCGUGUUGAUUUUGCUAAGGCAGAGGAAACAAGGCCGUACCCUCAACAGUACCAGCCUCCUUUGCUCUCCCCUCCACCUUAUGAUAUUCUUCCUGAUGGUUAUGGACGUCACCGUAGCCUUGAAAGAGAGCUGAGAGUGAGGGCUCGCUCACCUUCACACCCUCUGUUUACAGACAGAGAAAGAGAGCGCCUUUCAGACCGAGAAUGGAGUCCGCCGAAGGGGCUGGAGCGGCAGGCGAAUACGGAGGUGUUUGGGCGGGUGAGACAGCGUAGCCGCAGUCGAAGCCGUAGCAGGGAGUGCUGGCUAAAGGAGCGAGACCUGGAACGUGGGGUGGGGAAAAACUGGGAGGAACGCCGCAAACGAAGGAGCCUUAGUCCCAUUGAGCGACCCAAAGAGGAGCGCGGAAGGUCAAAACUCCGGGUUGGGGUACCCGCUACCCCGGAGGACAGCCCAGACCGGGGACGUGGUCGCCUUCCAGACUCCACCUCUGAACCUCUGGAUCACACUCCUGUCAUCAGCAGACACUCCAGUGACGAACGUCCCCCACAGGACGAAUCUUUAUAUCUGAGGAAGGACAAUGAACGUGAUCGCAAUCAUCGCAAAAGCGAGAGUGACCCUGAUUCACAGACUGACAAGUCCAAAACGGACUCCAAAAAGCCCAGUACACUCUCUGAAUACGCCCAGACGCUGAGUCGUGUAUGGCAUGGUUCUCUUGUCCUUAAAAACAGCUGCUUCCCCACGAACAUGCACAUGCUGGAGGGAGGAGCAAGCUUUCUACUCUCCCUCAUGAGAGACAACCAAGCAGGCGGUUCUAAGAUCACACAACUUAAAAUAGCUCAGCGACUGAGAUUGGAUCAGCCCAAACUGGAUGAGGUGACUCGACGAAUCAAGCUGGGCAGCCCAGACGGUUACGCUGUCCUUCUCGCCGUCCAAGGGCCCGUGGACCGGAAUGCCCCUCCUCCAGAACCAGGACUUCAGCAGCGACUUCUCCGCAACUUGGUAACGUACCUCAGGAACAAGCAGGCAGCAGGGGUCAUUGGCCUACCUCUUGGUGGCCCCAAAGAGAGGGAGAUGGGGGGCAUGUUGUACGCCUUCCCUCCUUGUGACUUCUCGCAACAGUAUCUCCAGACUGCUCUGAAAACUCUUGGAAAACUUGAGGAAGAGCACCUGGUCAUCGUGGUUGUUAAAGACUCACCUUAACGUUUCUAUUCCAACACUCAAGAACUUUCCACACAGAUAUAGUACACACAGCCUUUUAAGGUGUAUGUACUUCCCUUUUUUACUUCAAAAAGGAUAGUUCACCUGCAAAUGAAAAUUCUGUCAUCUUUUACUCCUACUUGUGUGUUCCAUGGAAGAAAAAAAAGGUAAGUCUUACUGGUUUGAAUCAAGGUGAGAAAGUGACAGAAAUUUCAUUUUCGGGUGAGGUGUUCUUUUUACACUCUCCACUUAAUCAGUGUUCCCUUCUUAAAAUAUAUAGAUAAAUGAAUAGCAUUCCCAAACAAGGUGUUUUACAAGCAAGUUUUAAAUUGGUUUCUGUCAAGGGUUUUAAAUUGGUUUCUCAACAGUGUUCCAAAUAUUAGUUAUCCUAUUUGAUAAACUUUUAAAAAGUAUACAUUUUCAUACUGGAGACAAUUUGACUGAUGUUCCCUCACAGGGGUUGUACAUCAUAUACAGUAUUAUGAGCAUUAAAAUAUUUUGGGCUUCAUUCAUGAAAUACAUGUAAAACUAAUUUCGGUGUAAAUUGUUUGCAAAUCCAUUGGUCAAAUUCAAUUCAAGCAACAAUAUAAGACCAAUGCAAGAACAUGUUAUACAUGGAAGAUUUACACAAAUUAGUUUUGCUUGUGGUUCAUGCUUAAGAAACAUUCACUGGGAUUGAAGUGUCAUUUUUUUAACGGCAAUGUAACUUUCAUAACAUUUUCACCUAACAUCUAACAGUUCUUCCCUCCCAAGUUACAGCCAUUUGUCUUGUUUUCACGUCCUAGAUAUGAGCCUAGAUGAGCAUAUUUGUGUAAAUCAUGAAGUUCUACAGUAAAUUGCCUCUUCAAUGCAAUGCAUCCAUUUAUGUUAGAUUUUUUUGUUUACAAACAAUCUACACUAAUUUGUUCUGCUUUUGUUUAAUCAAUGUGGCCUUUUGACUUCAAAAUGAAGUGUUAUAAUAUUUUAUGACUUUUAACUCCUCAAUACUCACAUAACAGUUCUUCCUGCCUUCAGAAAUAUACAGUACUUGAAUGCUUUUUCAAGUUGGGCGAGGCAUUUGUGUCAUAAAUGACGGCAUCUACCUCUUUAAUCAUGUAUGUUCAACUAAAUGAUGAUGACAAACUAUCUUGGGGUCGACUGCAAUGUUAUUGUUUUGUUUGUAAUAUGUACCUGCAGCAUUAACGGAAGGUCAUGUGACCACACGUGUAUCUUACCGAUUCAGUACUGUAUGUAUCAAACACUAAUGUUUGUUAAUGUAACACACACUAUGGUUAAGCUUGUGUAGCUGUUUGUAUGCAGGAAUGUAUUUUAAAGGAGCAGUUCACCCAAAAUAAAUGGGUAUCAUGAGGCUUCAUAAAGAUAAUGGAACUUUCUUCUUUUUUGGGGGGGGCUAACUCUGUAAGCCGUUGUUUUUUGAAUGACUAUUUGCCAUGUCGUUUUCACCAGUGGUAAAUUGAGCCAAUGUCCGUUUUAAACAAGUGCUGAUCAGGGAGUUCAGUCCAGCGAUUGAGUUUCAUAAUAAUGUAUUUCUAGGUUUUAAAUAUCCACCUGCCAACACUACAUCCCUUAUAGUGAACGGUUAUUUUCCAUUGUUUCUUUUUAAUUGCGUUCAGCUAUUUUACUGCCUCUCUUGUAUUUGUUUUUCAAAGAAAAGUACUUUUUUCUGUCUGUAUGCAAAAUAUGUAUGGCAUUUAAACAUGCAAGUAAACAUUCAUGUUCCUGUUUUUAA